UUUUUUUUUCCACUUUCAUCUAUUUUUAUAUCUAUAUUCCCUUUCUUCCCCUUUUUUUGAUUAUUAUUAUUCAACGAUGGGUUUAAGCUUUUCCAAAUUAUUUACGGACCUUUUUGGUAAAAAGGAAAUGCGUAUUUUGAUGGUGGGUUUGGAUGCUGCUGGUAAAACUACCAUCCUUUACAAACUCAAGUUGGGUGAAAUCGUCACUACUAUUCCUACUAUUGGUUUCAAUGUCGAAACUGUGGAAUACAAGAAUAUCUCUUUCACUGUAUGGGAUGUCGGAGGUCAAGACAAGAUUCGUCCCUUGUGGAGACAUUAUUUCCAAAAUACUGAAGGUAUUAUCUUUGUGGUUGAUUCCAAUGAUCGUGAUCGUGUUUCUGAAGCUCGUGAUGAACUUCAACGUAUGCUUAACGAAGAUGAACUUCGUGAUUCCUUAUUGUUGGUAUUUGCUAACAAGCAAGAUUUGCCUAAUGCUAUGAACGCUGCCGAAAUCACUGACAAGUUAGGUCUUCACUCUCUUCGCAACAGACAAUGGUAUAUCCAAUCAGCAUGUGCCACUAGCGGUGAUGGUCUUUAUGAAGGUCUUGAAUGGUUGUCUGCCAACUUGAAGAAACGAUCUUAAAUUAGUGAUUAGUAUCUAGUUAGAUAUUUUAGUUAGAUCACCUCUAUUCUUAUUAUUAUUUAGUCAUCAUCGUCCUAUUAUUUUAGUUAGGGAAUUCUUCUUCUUUUUUUUUUUCUUUCUGUAUACACACAAACUUAUAUAUAAAAAACAAAAACUCAAAUGAUAAUAAAAAAAAAAAUAACAAAAAACAAAACAAAAAA